AUGGAUGAACGUGUUGAAAUCGUACUCCUCGCUGGCGAUCGAAAUCAUCGUGAGGUCGCCGAGGAGUUCAACAAACUGCAUCCAGGUCGUCGGCCGAUCACCCGCAGCUGUGUUAGUAGGCUCAUAGCGAGAUUAAAAGAGACUGGAUCCAUUAGCGACAAGCCACGUCCUGGACGUCCGAGGCGGACAACAUGUGGCAACACGGCAUCUGCUGUUCUGGACCGAUUUCGCAGAAACCCUGAGAUGUCACUGCGGCAAAUGGCGUCCGAGACAGGAAUGUCCAGAAGCAGCAUUCAUCGAAUUCUUCGGGCUCAUAAAUAUGUAUAG